CAAGGGUUGAGCUGCCGACGCGUCUACGCGUAUUUAACAAAUUGCCUGAUUUGGGCUGCUUUGCUCCACCCGGCUGACUGUUACCGAUCGAGUUAGAGACGUGGAAGCGUCUCUGCUUUUUCGUGUCUCACUACAGGGGCAGGCCAUCCACACGACGCGUUGGACUCCGCUGCUGUUGUGGACAUGGGACUGCCUGACCGACGGGUGAGAGGAUAUUACGGAGGAGCACAUUCGGUUGUUAUUCGACGUGUGCUGGUCUUCUUUGACCCUUCAUCCGUUCUGCAUCACCAACAUUCACCCCUCCGCUCUUUUGGUCCUUAACUCUCCGGUUCCAGCCGUUUGUUCAUCCUUUCGUUUACUGCCGGCUACCACUGGACUGGGCCUCUGUCAACCCAGUUUUGGUUGCCGAGAUGGAGGCAUCGCCCGCCAAACGUCGCGCUCUGGGUGCGCUCGACCCCAACGCGUGCUCGCCCAAGGUCAGGAGCGGUGCCAAGGUGUUGUCAGCGCAGCUGAGCCCGGUAAAGAUUAAGACUGCUGGUCCCCGGCAUAUGGACACGAUGGUGUCGGCGUCGUCGCCGUCGAGCUCACCGCAGAAGGCGACCGACUCGCGGAAACGGCGCUCUCCAACUCCGGCUUCCCGGGAUAACGUGUCGCGCGCCACACGGCAUGAGGCACUGAGCAGCGAGCCUGUGCCGAAGAGGCCUUGUCUCGACCACAACACGAGGGAGGACUUACGACCUCGUCGGGAGGAGUCUCCGCCAUCUUCGACAUCCACGGCCCGAACUACUGCUUUUACCACAACCCGUCGCCGCUCUGUCUCUCCGGAUAGUCCGUCUGUGUUCGACACGUCGGCAGUCGACACCUCCCAGGCGACCAUUCUCACCGAGCCGGAUACCUCAGCACCGGCACUAACAGUACCACCACCUGCCGCAGCACCGGUGCCGCGUUCAAAUUCGAGGUUGACACGGGAGCAAACCAGAGAGAAGGCAGAAAUCCUCCGCCUCCGCCUCGGAUUAGCCAGCUACAAAGUACGCACCGGCCAGACGGACGUGCCGCUGGACCGUUUAGAGGCGAGACACCUUGCGGCACCCUCUCGAGGCCCGGGUCUCUCGCGGGCGAGGUCCUUCUCAGACGACCAGGGUCAGAGCCGCCACCGGCUCCAGGACGCCUACCAUGGCCCAACGUCGGUGUCGGCUUCCUUCCCACCUCCCGGCGCAUCCUCCACCUCCACCUCCUCCUCAUCUGCCACUGCUGUUGCUGUUGCGGGCAGGAGAAGACCGUUACCCGAUGCGCCGGUCCGAAGGGGGAGCAACGGCAGCGUGGACGGCAAUGAACGUGAGCGGGAGCGGGAGCGGGAGCUGGGCCCGGCCGCGAGAGCGUUGGAGAAAGUCCUGGAGCAGGCCAGGCUGGAACGGGAACAAGAGCGGCGGGAACGGCACCAGCAUUACCAACACCACCACCAACAGCACCAGCGGCGGCAGUCGGAGUUGAUGAAUCGCAGGUAUGAGGAUGCACCGAGGUAUUCCGGGGCUGGUGGUAUACCACCCCGGCCACGUACUGCUACGGAGGUGGGGGAGCUGUAUCGGAGAGUGGGUGGUAGUAGUAGGGUGGAUGAUGAGCGUAUGGAGGAGGAGGAUCUUGAGGGCAGGGGAGGGGCCGCGAGCGGGCUGCUUAGUUUAGCCCGGAGCUAGAAGCUUCGGACGAAGAACUGGGCGAUGAAGCCGCGUCGUGAUGGGCCGAGGUAUUGGGACUGAUAGGGCGGGUGAUGAAGGAGGUCGCGGUUGGGUGGCGGUGAUGUACUCAGGAUGUGGCUGGGCUGUCCCGGAGGUGACAACUGGUCUGUCGGAGUGUGAGUGCUUGGGGCGGGGGGUUGUCCUGGUGUUGGUUGGCAUUUGUCGGCGUUCGCGAGGUUGCAGAUCAUGAACUACGUGUGAGUUACUAUCUGCUCUGUAUAGAGAUGUCGUGUUGCCAGGUAGCUAGACUUCUACCAGCUACGUCUUAUGUUCCUAAAAUGAACAGGAAAUAGGACAUGGAAUUCGC